UGACCGGAAGUUCUUUAAAUUUUGGCGAAUACUCAGAAUUCAAUUGAUUGAUCGAAACCGAACGUCGGCGAGAAUGGCUUCUCAAAUCGCGAGACGAGUACUCCGCCGCGGCUUCUCCGGACGCAGUUCAUCGGAUGCGUCAGCUAGGGUUUUCCACCGGAGCUUCGCUGCAAGUUCCAAUCUGAUUCGCGCCACCCUCUUCCCCGGCGACGGCAUCGGCCCCGAGAUCGCUGAGUCCGUCAAGCAGGUAUUCAAAGAGGCUGAUGUGCCAAUUGAAUGGGAAGAACACUAUGUGGGGAAGGAGGUAGAUCCUAGGACCCAGAGUUUUCUGACAUGGGAAAGUCUUGAAUCAGUGAGAAGAAAUAAGAUUGGUUUAAAAGGGCCAAUGGCCACACCUAUUGGAAAAGGUCAUCGUUCUUUAAACCUGACCUUGAGGAAAGAGCUCAAUCUGUUUGCCAAUGUUAGACCUUGUUACAGCCUACCUGGAUACAAGACUCGUUAUGAUGAUGUAGACCUUAUUACAAUUCGUGAGAAUACUGAAGGAGAGUACAGUGGUCUGGAACACCAAGUGGUGAGGGGUGUGGUUGAAAGUCUCAAAAUCAUUACACGUCAAGCAAGUUUGAGGGUUGCAGAAUAUGCUUUCCACUAUGCACAGACUCAUGGAAGAGAAAGAGUUUCAGCCAUACACAAAGCCAACAUCAUGCAAAAAACUGAUGGUCUUUUCCUCAAGUGUUGUCGUGAGGUUGCGCAGAAGUACCCUGACAUAAAGUAUGAGGAAGUUGUCAUUGACAAUUGCUGUAUGAUGCUUGUGAAAAAUCCAUCACUUUUUGAUGUAUUGGUGAUGCCCAAUCUUUAUGGUGACAUUAUCAGUGACCUCUGUGCUGGUUUAAUUGGAGGUUUGGGCCUAACACCAAGCUGCAAUAUUGGUGAGGGUGGCAUUGCUCUUGCUGAGGCUGUGCAUGGUUCAGCACCUGAUAUUGCUGGAAAGAACAUGGCAAAUCCAACUGCUUUGCUUUUGAGUUCUGUUAUGAUGUUGAGACAUCUAAAUCUGCAUGACAAAGCCGACCGCAUCCAGAAUGCUAUCCUGACCACAAUUGCCGAAGGGAAGUUUAGAACUGGUGACCUCGGUGGAAGCUCAUCAACAACCGAAUUUACAAAUGCAAUAUGUGAUCAUCUUUGAACGACAUUGCAGCGCACCCAUUUGAUGUUCUAUCCGGGGGGUUCAUUCUUGCUCUUUCAGAUAGGGAAUUUAAACUGUUUUAAGCUGUUCUUGGAAGACAACCAAUUAAUUUCAGGAUUUCCAAUUAUAUCCUGUUCCUGCCAAAUUUAUUUACAGCAUGGAGAAAUAAAAAGUUUUGCCCUUUAACAGAACCUACUUGAAUGUAGAGCUCUAGAUUUUGUUCAGUAAGGUUGCAUUGCAGGGAGGAGCCAUUCUCUCAUACUGAAAUUCUGUGUACUUAUUUGAUUUGGUACUUCCUCAUUUUUCUUGUUUAAUAAAAGUAUAUUUACAUUUGGCUUAA